UGUAAGAAUAAAUUUCUAUGAAGGCCAAUGAAAUAUGGAUGACCAGUUUAAAAGAAAAUCUCUACAACCAAUAGUUAGUUUGGGAGAAAGUUUACAGAAACAUCUCUACUGAAAGACCAAGGGUGCCCAUCAUAUUUUAUAAGAGUCAUUUCUCUUUUUUUUAACAAACCUAGUGGAAAUUACAUGGCUUAAUUAGAUGCAGGAUUUUUUUUUUUUUAAACCCGCCGAUAGACUUUAGAGGAAACAAAACGAACUUAAACAGUUGGCUCGUACUGUACAGAAGAGAUGACAUGGUGACUGCAUAAAUUGAAAUUGGAAACUAAAGGUAUGCUUUUGUGAAGGGGGAAAAAAAAGAGAGCUACAUUUGUUAUUUGGAAUUAAUCCCUUUAACUUUCAGAAUUCUGAUCUAUUAUUUACUUGAAUUCAGGCUCCCUGUGUUCUACCUGUGACAAUUUUAAUCCUUGCUAAAUAGAGAAAAAAGCAUUUAAAGGUGUCCUUGUUGAUUAGAUGAAUUCACUAAGAUGAAAAAUGCUGCAUGGUUUUUUUUUUUUUUUUUUUGUUUUGGUUUUUUUAAUUUGAAAAUACCAGUUGUAUAUGAUUUAAUAUCAUAUAAGGGGCUUCAUUGUCUUGAUUUUUAAAAAAAAUUAUUUGUUUUCAACAGGUGGUCAAAGUCCCAUUAACUGGAUGAUGAUACAGCUUUAAAAUGAAGAAUGACAUAAGAAAUCGUAAAACUGACCAUCUGCAGCAGACUGUGAAAACUGGGAUGUCAAAGCUGGAAAAUGUCAUGGGAGAUUCAGUAAUGAGGUUCCGUCACAUGCCAUCCAGAGCCAAAGUUUUAGUCUUCAUGUCUGCCGUUUUGUCUUUGUUCCUCUACCUUUAUCUGGCCAAGUGGUUGUUCCAAUCAAAUCCUGAGACAGAUUUUGAGAGUCUCCUCGACACGGAGAAAUGCCCAGCCUGCUAUGGUGGAUCAGCAUGUGGAAUGAUCUACUACAAACAAAUUGAGUUUGUUGGGAUGUCUAAAUUCAGAGUUCUGGACAUCUUAAAUGGCAAGAAUGUUCAUGUGGGAUCAGUGCGACCCAACGGUAAAGAGAUCGUCAUGAAGAAACUGGCCACUGACACAGAACUCAAGGACUUGGAUGCGAGACUAUGCAAAGACGCCAUGCGUCCAGAGGGGUGCGACAUUGCCAGGGUUCUGGUACGAACCAACAUGGCAUCUCAUCUCAAUACCGAGCCCGUUAAGCCAGACCUUCUUAAGGGCACUGGCUCUUUCAUGUUCAAGUGCCCCAGUUACAGGCUGCUUGACAGGGUUUGGUCAUACUUCAAGGAAUUCAAGAAAAAAAAAGAAAUUUUCUUGUCAGAUAAAAUGCAGGUCUUGUACUCAGCAUUGAUAAAUGCAGAAGGUUUGAUGCUACAGGUAAAAAAAAAAAAAACAUCUAAAAUACUAAUAAUUAUUAACUUUAAGAUGCUUUAUGGAUGGCAAUAGUCAAAAUCAUUAUUCACUGUCAUUUUUUUAAUGUGUUAAAUGGAUGGAAGGGGGGAGGGGGCGUUUAAUAUUUGAUGAAAUUCAGAAUUGAUAUUGUUUACAGCACUAUAGACACAGAAUGAUAGCUUUGAAUAUUGUUUGUAGUGUCGUAGAUACAGGUACACAAAAUGAUAGCCUUGACCAUUUUUCGCUUCAGACUUUUCCCAAAUCUGAAGGGUGGCCCUUUCCUGAAUACAUUGGAUCGUGUGGGCGAGUUAUAAUAGUUGAGGAUACCGGUCGACCACUGUCUGAGUUUGUUUCAUCCUCCUUUCACAUAAGAGUAAGUUUAGCACCUCCUCCUUUCAAAUAAGAGUAAGUUAGCACCUCCUGUCACAAAAGAGUAAGUUUAGCACCGCUUGACUAAUCAUUAAGUCUGAUAUCAUUAAGUAUUUUCUGCAUUUCGCGAUGUUUUGCCCCCAUAUGGCUUAGUUCAUUAAACUAUGCAAGCUAGUUGUAUGCAUAGUGACACUUGAAUCAUAUUUAUGAUGGAGGACUUGUUGAUUUUGCUGGGAUUUGAACCCCAGACAAUUUAGUUACAAAACUUUGUGUCUUCUGAUGUUUGAAUAAAGCUUGUUUUUUUUUGUCUGCAGGCCAACAUUGCGUAUGAACUAAUGAAAAUUGCAGAAAAGUUGACCACAAUGUCUGACUUUGGCCUGUACCUAACGGAUGUCAACCUGGAAAACUUUGUUGUGGAUCCCAGCGGAAGAGUUACUGUCGUCGACCUUGAAAAUAUCAUUGUUGUUGACAAGCUUGCCAUACAAGCAAGUGGGUACACAAUGUUACUUACCUUGGUUCUUUUGAUUGUCAGGAACAUUUGGUAUGAUUUUGUUCUAUCAUUUGCCUACAUCCUGAAUAUUCCAACAAAAUUGUGAGAAAUUUUAUACAAAGUUUUUUUAUAAAGCAGUUGCUUUUUUUUUUAGAUAGUAAUUGAAGGACUGCAUUCCAGCUUUGUGAAUGAAAUAGUAAAACAAGCUUGAAUCAAGCUUCAACAUACUGGUACUGGUAGCUUGUUUUUACUAUUUCAUUUUUUUAAAUAUUGGGGUUGCUACAUAGAUUUCUAAGGUUGAUAUCUAUCCAAGAAAUCAAUGUUCAACUACUCAUUUUAAUUUCUUUUUUUUUUUUAUAGUUUUUUUUUUAAAUCCUAAAUUUGUAUGUACAUUUGAAUGUAACCACAGAAAAGCCUAAAGGCUGGAAUGAGCCACUGGAGGCACCGUUCAGUGACUGCGAUGGGAAGAACUGCCUCAUUUUCAAUGCAGAUGAGAUGUGCACCCACGUGAACAGCGACCACAACUACAAUGCCAUCUGUAGGAACCUUUUGUCUCACUACGCUGUGGAGGACAGAAUGCCCAAUGGGUUUCUGCAUGACAUGCCAAUAGAAGCUGAAGAUUAUUGGGACCUGAGUAAGUCAAGAUGACCACAUGCACAUGCAAUGUGAUCAUCAAAUUUAUUAGCAAUGGUAUCAUCUGAUUUAAUAGCAAUUAGAUACUCAGAUUUAUUAGCAAUGGGAUCAUCAGGGUUAUUAGCAAUUAGGAUCAUCAGAUUUAUUGUCAAUGCGAUCAUCAGAUUUAUUAGCAAUGGGAUCAUCAGGUUUAUUAGCCAUGGGGUUAUCAGAUUAAUUAGCAAUGGGAUCAUCAGAUUUAUUGGCAAAGGGGUCAUCAGGGUUGAUAGCAAUGGGGUUAUCAGUAGUAUUAGCAGUGAUCUCAUCAGAUUUAUUAGCAAUGAUAUUAUCAGAUUUAUUAGCAAUGGGAUCAUCAGAUUUAUUGGCAACAUAAAGGAGGGUUGAAGACAUCAGGAGUGCAGCUCAAUCACCUUGUAUUAUGAGUUAAUAUUAUUAACUAUUAGCCAAGCUUUGUUGUUUUGAUUCCUAUGAAAGGUUCACAUUUUUUUCCCACAGAAAAUCUUCUUGAAGAAUGUGCAAGACCACAGCACAAAGAAGGCAGAUGGAAGGUGAAAGAUAAAAUUAUGCACGCCCUGGAUGCGCUGAAGGAUGGGAAGAAAGUUCACAGUGAGACUAAGCAAGGCAGGGAGGUCAAUAGUCAGACUAAGCUUGGGAGGGAAGUCUGAGGUGUUUGAGAAUUGAGACUUUCAUCAAGAAAUGUGUGUGCCUGUCAGAAUGCAGUGUGUGAUGGGUUCGGGGAGGGGGGGCGCACGCGUUUAAAUGUAAUUGAGAUGGGAAAUCCAACACUAGUAGAAAAUGGAUGCUUGGAAAGACAUUUAAGGAAAUAUAAAAACUGAAAGACUAAUGUGUUCUCCAAGUAAAGUUUAAACAAAUAGGGUCUAGUGAUUGAGUUAUGCCAAUCAUCUGAUUUGUUGAUGCUAAUGAAAUUUGACAAAUUCAAUGAAACUUGGUGGAAAAUCAAAUAUAGGAAGAGUAUGUUUAUGAAUUAUUGAAUUCUUGUGUAUUCAUCUAUAUGUAUAUAUUAGAAUAAUUGGUCAAUGGUUGUGUGCUGAAAAUAUGGAAGUAGUUACUGAGCUCUGUGGAGUGCCAAUGCCUGUUUGAAAAAAAAAAUUAUAUUCACGCAUACUUUUUGGAAUCAUGGAACGAGAAUGAAUGAUGCUUAACUAUCAGCUGACAGUCUUGCUUUGCACACAUUUUUUUCAGUUGACAGACCCCCUUGUUAAAAGCUAUUGUAAAAAUUUAACAUAACGAUUCAGUUUUUGGUCAAAAUGAGUCCUGGUUACGAUUUGUUCCACGCUUGACUCUAACAAUGAGAGUAUUUCUUUUUCAAUCGUGCAAUGCAGCAUCCAGAACACAACUCAGUGUGUUACCGUACAUGUAUUAGAUUUGAACAGACAGCCCUUAUAUGGGAUGUUGAUGUGGCUCUGUAUACAGUGGGAUGAGACACAUGCAAAGAGAUAUGAUUACUCAUUAGCAGGACACAAACAUAAGAAGAAAAAAGGGUUUUUAAUAAUGUAUCAGGACUUUAGAGGGCUGGUUUUUUCCUAAGAUUUUUUUUUAAUGAGAAAGCAAUAAGAAUACUAUAUGUUUUAUUAUAAAAUGCUUUUAUAUGUUUUCUUAAAUUUAUAUAACAUUCCCUUAUUCAUAAACAACAAUGUGAAAUAUGUACCUUAUAUGAUUAUGAUGAUGCUUACAUUUAUUAAUAAAUACGAACAAUGUUAUUUUAAUAAGAGAAGUUGUUGUUAGACCUCUUAUCGUCUACAUUAAAUAAAUUUUAUUUUACAUCAAUUUUUGACAUGCAUGCCUGCCUGUUUAAGUCUCGAAGAAGAGGAAGAAUAGGAUGGAAAUUUAUUCUUUAUACAAUUUAAAGCAUUUUGUUUACCAUAGUGAAUGACGUACAUAGAAUUUGAUAUUUCAUUGUAUACACAGGCUAGAACUAAUUAAUUUGAUAUUGGAGGUUAAUUUUACAUUUUACUAAAGAGUUGUU